AUGAGCCAAAUCCGCCUCCGCCAACUUCGAAAAUGGAUGGUCUUCAUCACCACCCUCAACUUCCUUGGCAUGAUAGCCUGCUACGGCUACAUCGGCUACGAGAUCGAGCUGAACAAAAAGUACGGCUACAGCGGCGGAAAUCUCCGCUGGGUGGACUGGACCAUCAUCAUUUCCGCCAUCGGCUUCUUCAUCUUCUAUAUCCUGUCCCUUCGCGGAUCAGGAUUCCAAAACGUCCACAAGUACCUCCGGACCUUCUUGCUCCUGGUGCCUACUAUUAUGGUCUUGUACAUUACCUGUAAAACCAUCAAUUUGGAGUUGGCGUACAGCCGUUAUCCUUAUGAGGGGACGCCGUUUACUUGUGGGGAUAUCGGGAAUUAUCCGUGCUACCUCCAGUACACCAACUUGUUCAUGGUGUUGAUUUCGGCGUUGUUUGUGGUGAUUGAGAUUGGAGCAACGCUGGCUUGGGGUCCGUUGGAGAAGGCGCAUCAGUUCGGAGGGGCGCAGGGUGGGUAUGUCCAGAACGCCAAUGUCAUCCUCGUCAGUCCUGAUCAGCCUUACCAGCAGCAACAGCAGUACUAUUCUCCUCAGCAGCAACAACAGUUCCAACAACAACAACAGCAGUAUUAUUACCCUCAUAUGCAACAACUCCAGCACCCUCCACAACAACCCAUCCUCAUCGGCCCAAAUGUCACGCAGCAACAACAGCCGCCGCAAGGACCAGGCUCGCCAUUAAAGGACCUCCCUUCUACUCCCUCAGAGUACACGCAGUCACCAAUUGCUGCAACAGCGACAUCAGGAUAUCAGCCUUCACCACAGCCUUCUCAACCGUCGAUAUCAGAGCACCAUCCUUCCUCCUCUCCCUUUACUCCUGCGCACUAA